AUGCGAUCGGCAAAGGACCUCUUCAGGAUGGCUUCUGAGGUUGUCCGCGAAGGCUGCUUGGCCAUCAACAAGCCCCGAGGACUCAGUUCCGCCCAAGUCAUUCGUGACUGUCAAGAAGCGUUCAGCGACACAGCCGUAUUCAAGCCAGUCAUCUCGGCCGAACUCGCAAAACUAAAGAACAAUGGGGGCACCCGCAUUAAGCCCCAGAGGCUGCGACAAGCCCAAAAGCUCAAGAUUGGACAUGGAGGAACACUCGAUCCCCUGGCGACGGGCGUUCUCAUUCUAGGCAUUGGGUCUGGCACAAAGGAUCUCUCCCAGUUUCUGGGAUGUGUCAAGACGUACGAAACGGUGGUCCUCUUUGGUGCCAGCACAGACACCUACGAUCGAGUCGGGCGCAUUUUGACAAAGCGACCAUACGAACAUAUCACGCGCGAGAAGGUCGAGGAGGCGCUGGACAGCUUCAGGGGGUGGCAAAAUCAAGUCCCACCACUAUACUCGGCGCUCAAGAUGAACGGCAAGCCUCUCUACGAAUAUGCCCGCGAAGGCAAGCCGAUCCCCCGCGAGAUCGCGAGCCGCGAGGUCGAGGUGAAACAGAUGGAUCUGGUGGAAUGGUAUGAACCAGGAGAGCACCCCCAUCGGUGGCCCACGGAAGAGGCAGAAGCUGCAGAGCGUAGUCUGGCGGAGCAAGUCUGGAACGUCAAGAAGGCGCAAGAGACUGGCAAGAAGCUGACGCCGGAAGAGAAGGUGGAGGAAGACGAGGCCGUGGCGGCCCACGAGAACUUCAAACGCGAAUUCGAACAGCGACAGGAUUCUCUCAUCCGGGAUGCCCCUUCGAAACGUCGGCAGAAUGGGAGGGAGCCGCCGAUGAUGUCGGGUGCCCUUGGCCAGAUGCCUGAAGCCAAGAAAGGCGGCGAACGUCGAAAGGGCGACGUGGACAUCCCCGAGGUAUCGGCAGACACGCCUCCACCGUGGACUGACAAGGGCCCUGCCGCUUGCAAGAUCCGCAUGACCGUGUCGUCUGGCUACUAUGUACGCAGUUUCUGCCAUGAUCUCGGGAUGAAGCUCGGCUCGGCUGGUCUGAUGGCCGAGCUGGACCGCAUCCGCCAGAGUGACUUUACAGUGGGCGGGGUGAACUGUCUCGAAUACACCGACCUCGCAAAGGGCGAGGCUGUUUGGGGUCCCAAGGUGCUGAACAUGUUAGCACGCUGGAAUGGCGAGCCGUCGGAAGACCUCCCCCUUGUCGAUGGCGAAGCAAAGAAGGCCUCAAAGGCGGACCAGCGCAACUCGCCCAAGCCCGCGCAUACCUCGGAGAAGAGAAAGUCACCACCCACACGAACCAGCGCCUCUCCGCCGCUCAAGGUGCAAGAUGAGAAGUCAUGGAAUGGCAUCGAAGACUAG